UCCCAUCCCACCUCCCGGCCGGAUUCGCCGUCGUCCGGAGGAGGCGAGCAGCAGCCGGUGGUGCUAGCCAACGCGUCCGACGUCAGCCACUUGGGCUACUUCCAGCGCCCCGCCGCCCGCGAGUUCAUCCUCUUCGUCGCCCUCCGCACCCCCGCCGGACGACGCCAAUCAGUCCAGCACGAAGAGUACAAGGUGCAUUGCUACAACCAGAAUGGCCUCUGCGCCAUCGCCUUCACCGACGAUCAUUACCCCGUCAGGAGCGCCUUCUCCCUCCUCAGCAUGGUACCUCUUCUCUACUCCUCCCCCCUCCUAUCCUGCGAAUUCCCUAUUACCCGAUUACUUUCAAUCCAAUUAAAAAAAAAAUCAAAAAAAAUAGUGCUUCUGGUUUUGCCUGCUUAUCUGAUGAGCAAUGAACCUAGACUGCUUCAAAUUGCCAUGUUUGCGCCAAUUUAG